AUGAACACCGUUAACCAGCGUUUCGUCCUUUGUGUGGCUCCCCGGACCCGUGAUGUGUCGAAUCUUGAGCGUGAGCGUGCCUUGCUAGGGAAGCAGAUGAUAUCGUUUAAGAAAUUGGCCAAAAAGGUGAAGGCUGUUGGUGGGGUUGACCCAGAUCCUGUCUACCAUGAGUAUUUGCUCAGAGGACAGGAGGACGAAACCGCAAAUAACAGAACCCCGACUGGCUUUUUUGCACUCUACGUGGGGGAGGAGCGCAAACGACAUGUCGUUCCAACCAGCUAUCUCUCUCAUCCACUGUUCAAGAUGUUGCUGGACAAGGCAUACGACGAAUACGGGUUUGAUCAGAAGAACGGCCUGGUUGUUCCGUGCAGUGUUUCAACGUUUCGGCAGGUGUUGAAUGCAAUAGAAUGCAGCAAUGGGAGGUUUGAUCUGGCCAAAAUUUUUGAUGAGUUUCCUUGA